AUGGCUUCAGGCUCCCCUUCUACCGGCUUCGGCUUGUUCUUCAAGGCGUGGAAGCUCUACGUCCAAAAUCGUCAGGAGCGCGAGACCGACGCCAUCCUCAAGCUCCAAGCCGAGAACCAAGCCCUCAGGGUAGCCAUGCACAACAUCGUUGAGGGUGGCUUUCAAUCGGAUGUGGUCUUCGGCAUCACCGCGGACAUGAUUGAGGAGCUGUACUACAGAGACUUCCACAGAAUUCCUCCCACGCCCUCCUUCUUCACGAAGGCUGACGUAAAGGUGGUGAAGAAGGCUCUCAUCUAUGACGAGUUCGUGGAGCACGUCAUCAUUGAAGAUUUCACCGCCUACUGCUUGAAGCGAGUUCAUUCGGCUCUUGGCUUUCCGAUUCAAGUUCUGUGGUGGCGCAAAAGCACCAAAGAGCUUUUGGCUCUCCAGCUCAAUUUCGCGAUUGACGAAGACCGCGAGAUUUUGGAUUUGACUCUUGAACAGCUUCAGGAGCAAGUUUGGGAUGAGUGGGAUGACAUGCUGAUCGAGGACGGCUUUGACCCAGAGUCGUCAGAGAUGCUGUUCCGCACCUUCCCGCAAGGGUACAUCGGCAACUACACCGGUCCUCGUGACAUUUCCCGUUACGAAGUGUUUGAUGAGGACACUAAUUUACAGUCUAGGGCUGAAUUCCGUGCGUGUUUUGAAAUGUUUUUCAGGUAG